CAUUUGUCAUAUCAAUCAUUUCGAAUUUUGUUUUCUUUCUAUCACCUAUCACCAUCAAAAUAAAAUAAUAUUGUGAUAUUUUUUUCUCUUCUUCUUGUAAACAUUGAUACUGAUAUCGGAUAAGUUAUUAGUAGAACAAAGUAACACAUUGCUCACAAAAAUGCUGACAUCCAAGCUGGAAGUACUUGUGGACAUGGGUCAGAACCCGGAAGCAAAACUACUGGACAAAACAAUAAACUCGCUCAAAUCACAGGAUGGGAUCAAAGAGGUGAUGUUCAAAGAUGGCGCUUUUAUGAUUGAGACCACAUUGCCAAGCUCUGUUGUGCUUGACAUGGUUACGAAGACUUCUGGGAAACGUGCCGUGCUACAAGGGUUUGGUGACAGCCAAUCGGCAGUAGCCAUGAUAUCGAGCCAAUCGUGUUGCUCGGGGCGCGUGCUGGGCGUGGUCCGCUUCCAGCACACGCCGGACGGUCUGGUCUGCGACGGCUCCAUCGACGGUCUGACGUCCGGGGAACACGGGCUGCAUGUACACAGGGCUGGGGAUCUUAGUGAGGGAUGUCAGUCACUGGGGGGUCACUUCAACCCGUACGAUUCCCCGCACGGUGGGCCUGAUGACCCGCCGGCGUUGCGGCACGCGGGCGACCUCGGCAACAUCGUGGCGGACGACAGCGGGAGAGCCACAUUCAGGAUACAGGAUAAUGUGCUCAAGAUCUGGGACCUGAUAGGCCGGUCGCUGGCGGUGACGGAACGCCGCGACGACCUCGGCCGGGGUAUGUCGCCCACUUCCAAAAUUGACGGCGACAGCGGCAAGCCAAUCGCGUGCGGCAUAAUAGCGCGUUCGGCCGGCAUAUUCCAAAACCCGAAGCGUAUAUGCGCGUGCGACGGCGUCGUCGUGUGGGACGAGCGAGACAGACCGCUAGCGGGAAAGGGACGGAGGAAGUGUUGCGAGAAACACGACGAGAAACAGAACGGGACGGGUGAUGCCCAGAAUGCCGAUAAACCGUGUUGUAAGGUUUAGGGGUUCGACAAAAACAGAGCUAGAGGGUGUAAGUUUUUUUUUCCUUUUGUGACAGGGAACCUUAAAUAUACCAAAAAAUUGUUUUGCGGUGUGAGUUGAUAUUGACAUACUUUGGGAGUAAUAAAGACGAAAGAUAAUUAAAAUGAGUUAAGUUUAGUUUCCCUUAUCUUUGGUUUGACUAGACAGACAUACAAUAUACAUACAGACAACAUGUCUGUGUAUUUGUAUGUCUGUCUAGUUGAAAAACUUAAACUCUGCUCUCGUCGGGAGUUAAAUUAUUGUCCAGUUUAAAAAAAAAUAUUCUGUGGUAUAAGACUGGUUUGGAAUUCUUUAUUUUUUGGGAUUUUAAACGUAACCAAGAUGGCGAUCUCUGCUCACUAGCGCCCUCAUCACAUUGUUUAAGUCAAUUUCUUUUAAUUAACAUCGAAAAUAUCACAGUGGAUUAUGCUAUAUAGGAUUUUAUUUUAGUUUAUUUUUACAAAAUAAAGUUGUGUCUCAGAUCUUUUUUGACGACCUCGGUGGUGCAGUGGUAAAGUUCUUGCCACUGAACCGAGAGGUCCCGGGUUCGAUCCCCGGUCGGGUCAUAAUGGAAAAUGAUCUUUUUCUGAUUGGCCCGGGUCUUGGAUGUUUAUCUAUAUAUGUAUUUGUUAUAAAAUAUAGUAUCGUUGAGUUAGUAUCCCGUAACACAAGUCUCGAACUUACUUUGGGGCUAGCUCAAUCUGUGUGAUUUGUCCUAAUAUAGCUAUUUAUUUAUUGCAGUACCUAAUACUCACAAUCUACAGACAACUAUCUCUGAAAAGUUAACUAAAUAUCAAGACCUAGCAAUCGAAAUCAAAACUCUGCGGAAAGUCCAAACUGUUCACAUUAUACCUAUAGUCUUCAACUGGCAUCAUACCUACAUCACUGAAACACACUUAGACAUACCAGAUUAUACACUCUCCUUGAUCCAGAAGGCGGUAAUACUAAACACAUGCCGAAUCACACGUAAUUUCCUAACUUCGUCCACCCUCACGUCUACCUUCAGCAUAUAAAACUCGAACACAAAAUGGAAUUUAUACAAUCAAUUUUUAAUAAAACUGAUUAUAUAUUUUGUUCGAUUUAUAAAAAGUUUUAUUAAAAAUUGAUUGUAUAAAUUCCAAUAUUGCAUUUUAUAUAUUUUUUUUUGUAAAUUGGAAAUGGCUUGUAUUGUAUUUGGUUGUAAAUAUAUUUUUUUUUUGUCGGGUGUAUUGUUACAAAUAAAAGACAGUUUUUUG